CACUGUCCAAUGGUGCUCUUAAAACACCUGUUUUGGGUCGUUGCGACCAUAUGAAUGGCCGCCUACUACCGCGGAAGGGUGAUGGGGUGCCUCAGGCCAAAAUGGCCUCCUCUUCGGUUCUGCUAUGGCCGUAUAUCUACAGCGAAACGAUCUCAGGUGGACCGAUGGUGGUAUGCACAUCUCAAUUGUGGUUUCAAUUCUCCUGUCUUUGUCAGUUACGGCCCCCAAAGCGGGCUACAUCAGUCGAAGUCGCAUGAGGCUCUUCACUAUGGCGAAAGGCAGAAUUCCUGCAGCAAACCCAGGGGCCUACAUGCUGUCCGCUGUAAAAGGCAGCUGACAGAUCCAGGAUCUCUGGCCGAUGCUUCGAAAACCCUUCGAUACUAAUUAGGGCUGCGCGCGGACAUCAUGCUUCCGAACGAAAGGGGACAAAAAGCGCAAAAUCGUGCACCAGUGGCAGCUGCUCUCGCAACUGUCGAGAUAUCGGCGUUGCAAUUCCAUUACCAUAUCAGCAACCGCACAGCUAAGGUAUGGUACCGAAGGCGAUGAGAAAAGCUUUUGCCGCGUGUGUGGGAGCAUUAUCUCUGCCCUGGACCAACAUGUUGUGAUGGACGAACCAUACAAAUACAGGUUCCAAAGUCGCAGCUGUUUGGAUACUGUGGCAUUUCAACGGGAUCUCGCUCCAAUCGAGGCUCUCCGAGGGCGUAGGCCUCUCAUAACUUCUAGCGUUUGGCCUUAUUAGAGGCCCAGGGUUGUCAAGACAUGCAGGCUCGAGGUCGCCCAGGGGCGUGAUUGAUAUGGUGCGGUACGGCUCCCAGCCUCAAACCAGAUACCAGCUGGCUGCAUACAGGAUCCUAAAUUGCAGACCAUACAAGGUAAGUGCUCGGAGUACGCCACCUACCUUAGAAGAGAGGUUCCAUACCCUCCUCAAGUAUCCAGGUCACAGUUCUGUAGGUAUGUUCCUCAAGUGGCACCUACCUUGUCCCGAUGUGUACGAAUACGUCGGGACCACGAUUGGCCCUAGGGAUACUCCUCAAAACCCCAGUGACUGCACCGCCUUGAGUGAGAACAACUUCAAGUCAGUGAUCUUUCUGGUGUGGCCGGUCUCUUCCACAGAAAACGAAGCAAACAAUAACAGAUUAGCCUGUCAGGCCAUUCCCCCGACACCCUGGUCAAAGCCGACUAUAAUCCGGGUUGUGCAACUUCAAGCUCGGCGCCCCUCUCCUCCAAUUAUAGGGGCAACCUGAGCCAGGCCUACCCCUCGAGCCCCUCCUCCAUCAAGGAAGUCUCCCGGACAGUAAUCUUCCUCUGAUAACGAACAGACUGUCAAUACAUUUUCUCGAACGGCAUUCAUCCGCUCCUGCCAGGUAGACACCGGGCUUAUUGAGGCAAUGGACGAUGCGACGUCGUCUGUCGGAGAUUGUCAAAGGACAGAUGAGGUUUGAGCCAUGGGUGCUGCACCCCAUACUACUAAGAUGGGUAUCGGCGGCGGACCACAGUGGCUUUCGGCUUGUGGGACUCCGGCGGGUGACACUGACGCGGCGCCCGCUGUGGCUCCCUUCAACCCUGGUCUGCUAAGGGGGUCUUGCCUUGAACCGUGCCUCCACUGGCCCAAGCGGCCCCCUUGGUGCAUGGACCGAAGGCGCGGAACCGAAGUCACGAAAUCGUUGUACUGAACAGCUUUAGCUGCGCUAUUCAGCAUAGCAUUCAAGGCGUCUAAAUGCCCAGAGUCCGCCAGAUAUUCGUAUUCAUG